AGUGUUUGCUCAGAGCUGCAGGAGUCCAGCCCUGAGUGGCUGCAGUGCUCAGGCAGAUCUGUGAGAGGCGCCUCCUCCUCACAUUGUAGCUCUGAUAGCUCUAUCCAGACACAUCUCCUCUGUCACACUGAAGCUCUGGCUGCACUCACAAGACCCAUGGACACAGCUCUGCUUUAGGUGAGACCUCACCUCACACCAGAGCCCUAACCCAUGGGUGAUCUAGGAGAGCUGCCCUCUCAUUGAGACUCAUACUGUUGACAGUGGAGAGCUGCCAUCCGUAAGGACUCCAGGUUCCAAGUCCCCAUUUCUUACCAGAUUCCGACCUGGAUGGACCUUCCUGAGGACACCUGGUCCGAUGUCAAGAGACUCAGUGUGGGGAGCUCUUUCUAUCCCAUCAAAGUCGAAGGAACUGACAGCUCGUCUUCAUCUCCAUCUUCCAGCUCUCAAGCUGGAGAACUGAGUUCCUCCAAACCCCACCACCAGCCUCACACGGAAAGGAACCAACCUGUACAGGAGGGCAGGUCGUCCACCUCUGCCCACCACUUUGGGGUCACUCAUCUUUCCAGCUUGCCCGGUCCGGAAGAUAUUAUACUUUUUAGGGAUUUAGAUCACAUCAACAAACUGAUCCUACCCAACAGAGACUCCAGGUUUAGCGUUUUGCCUGAACCACAAGGGGAUAUGUACCAAACUUUGGCCAUCACUGCGGCUCAGGGACCGGUCAGCUACGAUGGAUCUCCAGGAAGUUUCAUGCACUCCGCUGCCAGUUCUCCAGUUUAUGUGCCCACCACCAGAGUUGGACCCAUGCUUACAAGCAUCUCCUAUAUUCAAGGGAGCGGACCCUCCCAGGCCUCCCACUCUGUGAACAGUCACCCAGUGUGGUCCCAGGCAGCCUCGGAGAACUCAUACAGCAGCAACAGUCCACACACGUCCAGCAGAUACCACUACUCUCCUAGUCCUCCCAUGGCCAAUGGAAGCAAUAGGGACUCUGGCUACAACAAUGCUAUGAACGUGAAUGGCAGAGAUCAAUACGCACCUCUUGCUAGAUCGCUCAGUGGAUCUUACCCUAACCCCUACACAUCUUACAUGACACCACCUCUGACUACAGCCUGGCCUGCUGGACCUUUUGACAACUCCAUGCUCCACAGUCUUCAAGGAAGAACAACACCUCUCCAGAUGAGAGGACAUCCUGGAGACGUGCUGGACGAGCUGCCGGAAAGCCGCGAGUGUGUGAACUGCGGCUCAGUGCAGACCCCGCUGUGGAGACGGGACGGGACCGGCCACUACCUGUGUAAUGCCUGCGGCCUGUACAGCAAGAUGAACGGCCUGAGCCGGCCCCUCAUCAAACCGCAGAAGAGAGUGCCUUCUUCAAGGAGGAUUGGGCUGUCUUGUGCCAACUGUCACACAUCAACUACGACAUUAUGGCGCAGGAAUACAGAGGGUGAGCCUGUAUGCAAUGCCUGUGGCCUGUACAUGAAGUUACAUGGGGUUCCUCGACCACUGGCUAUGAAGAAAGAAGGGAUCCAAACUAGAAAGCGAAAGCCAAAGAAUCUAAAUAAGUCAAAGUCCUCUUCUAGUAAUGGUACUGGUAACCACCAAAUCCCUAUGACUCCGACUUCCACAACGUCAUCCACAAACUCUGACGACUGUGUAAAGAACGGUUCUCCUAACAAUCAGAGCACAGCUUCUGGGGUUGGAUCAUUGUUAAUGUCUUCUCAGCAAAGUGGGAGCACAAGCCCAGCUAACAACGCACUAAAGUACCCAGGGCAAGAUGGGCUGUACUCAGCUGUCAAUUUGGGAUCCCCCUCUGAAGUUGGCGGUUCUGUCCGACAAGAUUCUUGGUGUGCCCUGGCCUUGGCUUGAUAACUGUUGGAAUGUUUUUUUGCUUCAGUAAACCUCCUCCUUGUACUUUUUAAAGCCAAGUCUGCAGAUUUCCAUGAAGACGACUUUAUAAUCCUUAGUGCCUUGGUUUAUGUGGAGAUUUAUGGAGAACUUUGUAAAACAUCUAUGCAAGAGGAUUGAGACCAAUAUCUUUCGAGAUCAUGUUCUAAGAAGCCACUAUUGAAUGAACUUCCUAACAUGGAUGAUGCAUUUACUCCUCAUUAGAAGAAGGCCUUUAUACUCCAUCACACAUGCUGCCUUGUGAAAAGACACUUGAACCAAGUUUUACUUUACAGGCUUCCAGUUGGUGAAUCUCACUUUAUUCCCUCAUCUAUCUUAAAUGCCUAAAUCCACUAUUUCAACUUUUCUAAUCAUCUCAAGAAGUUUUUGCUUCUGUCACUCCUGUCCUACUCUAUCCAGUAGAAGGAGAUCACAUUAUAUUUUCUACAAUUCAAGCCUGAUUCCCCUUGUAGCAACAUUAAACACAGCUUUACUUGACUUUGGCAGAUUGUUGAAACCAGAUAUCAUUCAUUGGUUGCCAAACUAGGCUAGCUAUGAGAAUGCCAAAUGGUCUUGAGGAUAAAUAGCUGCAUAUCCUCCUGGUUGUUGGGUUGUCUAUUGUGUAUGCACACAUACAAAACUGAAACACAAUAAAAAAAAUAUUCAUGUGUUUAGGGCUGAUGAGAGUCGUGUGAGCAGGAAUGGCGUUGGGUCGGUUUUCCAUCAGAUUUGUCUUCUCCCAAAUGUGGAUUAUACAAAUUUUUGUGAGAGUAAAGUAGCUUUCAUAAAUAUAAUGAAGAUAGUAGUACAUGAGCAAGUGUUAAUUACACCCUUACUUAAGACUUAUACCCCACUAAACUCAACAUCUGCCAACAUUUGCACCAAGAUUACCACCAAUCAUGUGGGUCAUCCUUAUUUACUUUCUUCAUCUUUUGUCACAAUUCAUCUCCUUUAUUUUCUCAUGAAGAGACAAAACAAAUGUUUCAACCACCCCUUAUGUGUAAAGUCAAAGUUAUAGUAACUAUCUCAUAGUAGCAGCUAUUAAGGACAAUAUAUACUAUUUCUUGAAACAUGACGAUAUCACAUCAGUUCUGUUAGUAUCGCAACACCAACGUCAAUUAGGUUCAGGUCUAUGACAAGGAGACUAAGUUACCACUCUGUACAUUGUCACCACAGAUGAGAAUGGCUUCCUCGAUAGUGGACAAUACAAAACAUUUAGAAGGGUUCUGGAGGAGAGUUUACCUUGUUUCCUUUUCUAGGGCCUGUUCUCAUUUAUGAUUACAAAGAUGGAAAGAAGAGUGGAUCUUCCUAACCAAGCCUAAGGGAUAUCAAGCACCACGAUCUAAGGUUCUUCAGUGUACCAAUUACCAAAAACAACAUUCGGGUGGAGGGUUUAUCAUUAUUUGAGGUUUAUGUAUGUGACUGGAUUGUUCAGUCCCUAUGUGCAUACAGGGUAGCAAAUGAUACUUUUUCUUCCACAAUACAAUAUUUUUGUAAAGAGAAAAGUGCAAUUGCCAUUGCAGCAAUCAGUGUUAAAUCAUUUACGUCAGAUUUAACAACUUUUUGUAUGGAAUGUAUACAUUUUAACUUAAUGGUACUUUAAUAAUUUAAUAAUAAUGUUAAGCUGGCAUUUUUUUAACUUUCCCCCAAUUUUGACAGGCGCCCCCUACUCCCCCAAUCCCAUUUCCUCAACAAGAUUUAAAUGAACAUUUUGUGUUUAUUUUUUUUAAUUGUAAUUUUCUUUCAAGAACAAAUAUUCUCAGGAAAAUGGUCUUUAUUAUUGAACUUUAUAGAGAAUGCAAAUAACCCCACUACCUAUUUGCUGUUGAAUGUGUGCAAAGUGCAACACAUGUUAAAUUUUAAAUGUUUAUGUGUUAAAUAUGUACAUAAGGUAAAGAACCACACUUGUGUGACUGGCACAUUGCUAAGUUGGUUUUAUGUUAUUUUUUCGCCAUUUUUAUGGGAUGUUGUUUGAAACGUUGCCAUAAUAGAGCUUUAAAAAUAAUAAAAAAGCCUAUUGUUUUUAUCA